GUUUACUUCCCUUGACUUAGCGAUCGAUUUCUUAGUUCUUACGUAACUGUUCAUUGAGGGGCUAAAAGCACAGCUUCUUAAUUCUCAUGUUCUCACCACCAAAGUCAUCGCGAUUUUCGUCCAAACAGUCGAGUCCUCCUGAAUCAACGGCUCGAGCUUCGGAAGAGCAGACCCCUCCUCGGGACGCAUGAUAUAUGGCUUUGGUCUAAGCAAAUUUAGUACACACGUUCUCUUACAGAGGCCAGCGAGGUUUUAAAAUAGUUUGAAGUCUCCUGAACAAGAGAUCGAUUCAGAGUGCAAGACUGAGACAAAAAAGAGGGUGAUGGAGGAGACGACUGAGAUGGAUAAGAUGAACGACGAUACCAUGUUGCCCGGUUUUAGGUUUCACCCCACGGACGAGGAGCUUGUUGAUUUUUACCUCAGAAGAAAGAUUCAGCAGAAAUCUCUCCCUAUUGAGCUUAUCAAGCAAGUGGAUAUUUACAAAUACGAUCCUUGGGAUCUUCCAAAGCUUGUGGCGAGCACUGGGGAGAAAGAGUGGUAUUUCUACUGUCCAAGGGAUCGGAAAUACAGAAACAGCCCGCGACCAAAUAGAGUGACGAGAGCUGGAUUUUGGAAAGCCACCGGAACAGACAGGCCUAUAUACUCGUCAGAAGGCAAGUGCAUCGGCUUGAAGAAAUCUCUCGUGUUCUACAGAGGCAGAGCCGCCAAAGGCGUCAAGACUGAUUGGAUGAUGCAUGAGUUUCGCCUCCCUUCUUCCCCAGAUUCACCUCCUCCGCCCAAGAAGCCCUUUGACAAAACCCUCUCUCCACAGGCACGUAUUCUCCUCAACUUCUUCGUAUUUUUCUCUAAACCAUGCUUAUCGAUGCGUGUCUUUCUCCAGGAUUCAUGGGCGAUUUGUAGGAUAUUCAAGAAAAACUCCAUGUCCAUGGCACAGAAAGCUCUGUCUCACACAUGGAUGGCUCAGUUGCCGGAGAGCAUGGUGUCUGAUAUGCUCGCUCAGAGUGCAAGCCGCAAUCACUUGAUUUCAGAGAACAUGUCUUGCACGACAGAAAUAGGAUCAGCAUCAGGCAUGAGGCACUACGGAGGAGGAAACAGGCAAGAAUUAUACGAGCAGGUAUCUAGUGCCAAUUACCCGGCUUCAGAUUUUCUUAUCAAUGCUAGCAACACAGUGGUCUCCAACAAGGCCGCCCAAAUCCCGGUCUCGAACGCCGACGUAGCGGACACCUUUAUGUUCUCCACGUUCGAAUCAUCAGGCCCUUGUGCCUAUAUAGGCUUCGAAGGGCCAAACAAUAUUAUGUUUAGCGGCGUCUCAGUAGUGAGCACGCCUCAUCACGACGUACAAGGACUAAGCAUGACUACCUCAACAGUAGCAGAAGCCAUUGGGUUUCCCUUCAGCUUGCCUCCAGUUUCGAACGAUGCUUGGAAGCCUAUUCUGCCAUGGGAAUCACCACCUUGUCCCAGCGACAUGUCUACAAAUAGAUGCUGCAUUUAAAUCAACCGCGCGUGUUCCUUCCAGGUGGACAAAGCAAUAUGCUUGAUUAUUACAGUCACUACUAGUUAUUUCCUGACGAAUUAGUACAUUUAUCAGUAAAAUCAUUACCAUCAGGUUCUGAUUUCACUCGUAAAUGUACCGGGUUGUUAAUACUUUCUUUUUCCAUUUUUUAUUAAACGCCACUACCACCACGGAACGCGGAAAAUAACCACAGAUUUUAAAGACCAGGGUCGCUUGCUUUUUAGCUUUAAUUGUUCCCCCCUCAUAUAUGAUCAGAUGCUUGGUGGGUUAUACCAUGUAAAAUAUUUGAUGUCUCAUGCAUGACAUUGACAUCUGAUAAAUUCUUUUC